AUGAUAGGCAAGAGCUGGGGACUUACACCAAAACUGACCCUAUGGCUCUAUACUGCGGUCAUUAGACCCAUGAUCAGCUAUGGAGCUGUGGUGUGGUGGCGUAGAACACUCCUCACCACAACGCAAUCCAAGCUACAAAGCUGGCAGAGGUUGGUGUGCAUGGCAAUCACGGGCGGCAUGAGAACCACACCAACAACAGCAAUGGAGGCCAUGCUAAAUAUUCUGCCACUUCACCUAUUUAUCCAACAAGAAGCUGCAACCACUGCAGUAAGACUAAAGACUCACAAACUACUGUGUUCAACAGGCACACCACACAUUAAGAUUCUGGAAGACAUAGCCAAAGACAUUCCGUUCAUGGAAGCACCAAAUGACGGAAUACAGAUCAAAUAUAUUUUUGAUAAAAAAUACAAAAUACAGCUGGAAGAGGAUUCACGUGUAGCCUCAAUUGGGCGAGACCUGAGUAUCUUCACGGAUGGCUCAAAAACGAAAACAGGGUCAGGAAGCGGUAUCUUCUCCGAAGACCUAAAUAUCAAUAUAUCACUACCCAUUGGUACCUAUAGCACAGUGUUUCAAGCAGAGUGCUUGGGUAUACUUGAGGCAGCCAGAACAAUCGGGAGGAGGAACGUAAAGGAUUCCCACAUCCGUAUACUAUCGGACAGCAUGUCAGUAUUACAGGCACUGGAUAGUAACUCGACCACGUCAGGUAUAAUCUAUGAAUGCCAUAACACCCUGAUGCAGGUAGGUGAAAAUAAUGACAUCACACUGCAAUGGAUCAAAGGUCACAACAACACACGCGGUAACGACAAGGCAGAUGAGCUAGCAAGAAGGGGGUCAAGUAUGACGGCUAUAGGGGCCGAACCGAUUAUACCGUUACCUUCUUGCUGGCUCAAAGGCCAAAUUCGACAACGCAUGAAACACAAACAUAUCACACUAUGGUCCGAAAUUGAGGACUGUAGACAAGCCAAGUUGGCGCUGCCAGAAAUUGAUGCCAAAUUGGCAAGAAUUCUAAUAAAUCUGGACAGACGCCAACUGAGACUAAUAACUGCGGCACUGACUGGACACGGUCCGUAUAAUAAACACCUAUUUAAUAUGGGCAUUACCGACAGUCCCCUGUGCAGAGCUUGCAUGGGAACAGAAGAAACGGCUACGCAUGUACUUCUUUACUGUCCAGGUGUAGCGGCUUACCGGGCACAACAUCUUGGCACCCUGAAGACACUUCCGGAGAUCUUCAAGAAGCCAAAAAAGCUUCUGAAGUUUCUGGAGGAGCUUGGGUGGCAAGAGUGA